AUGUCAAUGUCCACGUUAAGACACUUCCUUUGGCUGGGAGCAUUGCUUUUGGCCACCAUUCAGGUUUCCGCGCUUCCAACAGCUCAGGAUCUAAUAUGCAAUGGCCAUCCGGAGUACUGUGAUCGUCGAUACUCGGAGCUGUCAUUCGUGGGUGCCCACAAUUCUCCGUUUGUUGGACCGCUGCUCCAGCACAACCAAGAUAUCUCUGUGACCGAACAGCUGGAUUUUGGCAUCCGAUUUCUUCAGGGACAAACACACAAGAACGAUGAUGGCGUCUUUAGCAUGUGCCAUACAUCAUGUAUCCUAGAGGACGCCGGGAGUGUAAGUUCAUACCUUCAAACAGUCAAAACAUGGCUGGAUAGCCAUCCAAAUGAGGUGGUUACCCUUUUGAUCACAAACGGCGACGGACUUGAUAUUAAAGAAUUCGAUGAUGCUUUCAACGCUGUGAACGGAAUCAAAGACUAUACCUUUGCACCAAAGUCCAAGCUUGCCCUCGGCGAUUGGCCAACGUUACGCGAGUUGAUCACGACUGGUAAACGACUAAUAGUCUUCGUCGAUUCCAAGGCAGACACCAAUAGAUUUCCAUAUCUACUCGACGAGUUUUCAUACUACUUUGAGACUCCAUUCAGCACGACCGAUGAAAACUUCCCUCAGUGUAAGCUUGAUCGUCCAGCCGGCGGCAAGCCUGACGGGCAGAUGUACCUUGUUAACCAUACCCUAAAUGUUAACGUUUUCGGUAUCUUCCUCCCCGACCGAUUCAAGGCCGGCAGGACGAACGCUGCUGUAGGCCAAGGCAGCAUUGGGGCCCAGGUCGAUUUAUGCAACUCGAUUUACCAUCGCAAGCCCAACGUGGUUCUCCUUGACUUUAUCACCGAGGGGGAUGUCCUCAAAGCGGAGAGAACGAUGAACGGACUUUGA